AUGGAGCUCAGUAAAACUGAACAAUUCAUGACCAUUUUGAAAUCAAUGAAGGCAGCAGCUUUAAUGUCAUUUACGUUUUUCAAGUUUAUAUUUUCAAUCACAUACAAGUCAAGCCGUAUUAUGCUAUCACCUAUUGUUUGGAUUAUUAGCUUUAGCUGGAAUAACCUCAUAUUGAAGCCACUGGACCUCCUCUUGUCCAUCAACCGUGCCUUAUACCCUAUUACUAUGUUUUGCUUAGCAGCCGUAUGCUGUGGUCUAUUUAUUGGUGGCUGUGCAGGUUUUGCAGCAGAAGCAUUUUCUUCUAUAGUGAUCACAGCUACUUGGGGUCCACAGCCUAAACAGAUAAAAGAACAGGAAGAGGAAGAGGAAGACAAAGUGGAGGAAAGUGAAAUAGGCUCAGUUGUUAGCUUGAGUGAUUACCCAAAAGAAGACAAGAAAGAAACAGAAUCUACCAAGAGUGACACAUGGGAUAGCCCGGCAACAUCUUCUCAAUCAUUUUCAAUGUAUCAUCAAUUGAACAAUAGAAAGGGUAAAGAGUCAGUCACUACCGCAAGACAACUAUCACCUCCUGUCUUGAUUCGUAGAAUGAAGCUAUCACCCACGCCAAGUCAUUCUAAAGAGACAAAUAUGCGUAAAAAUAGCUGGGAUUGGGAAGAAGAAGAAGACCAAGACCAAGAACAGAGAGAAGGUAAAAAGUAUCUCUGA